AACUGCUCUGCCCGCAAAGUAAAGAAGCCUCCCUCGCCACGCAUGGUAUUUUUUCCCUCCCUCGCCCCAAAUACCGGCCGCUCUCUGGCCUUCGGGCACGGGCCUAGGGUUUCUGGAGCUCCUUUUCGCUCUUCUCCUCUCUUUAUCUCGCCUUGGUGUAUUCCCCCUCCCGCGGCUAUGGAGCUGGGGUCUCACGGCCCUGAUUCGACUAGCCUGGGUCGCGGCGAUCGCGCCCAUCCUCCUCGCGUCCCUUCCCGGUGCGGUCCCUCGGGUUCCUGCACCGGAUGCUCACGGGCUUCGCCGCCAGGGGAAAGACCAGGAGUUCUUCCAGUAAUCUUCAGAGACAUAUGUGAUUGGCACUGGUAUUUCUUUCUCUUAGAUCUUGCAUCAACCAUUUGCUGCAUUAUCUUUCUGAUUUUUAAUUCGCAGAAAAAAAAAACCCUGAGAGGCUCCCAUCUCAUCUAAUUGAGGCCAAUGGUUCUGUUGUCUCACCAGUGUACAAUCAAAAUUCUAUUCAGAUUCAGUUGUAGAAGAAAUUCACCGUUCCGCAGAGAUAUUUUUUGCAUUUUUAUUUAGUGGCUGUGAUGCUGACAACAUGCUUGGUAGUUUCCACAUGGUUCUACGCAUAUAGGAAAAUGUUACCAUUAUCCUCUGAAUCAUUACAUUACUCCACGAUUGCUAGCCACCUGACUGGAGGUUCACAUGUGUUUUCUAUUCACAAAGUCCCAGCAGCUUCUGUGGAGCAUAAGUACCUGGUAUGGCAGACUGUUUUUGUGCUUUUGUUGAUGGAAGCUCAGGUGCUAAGGCGCUUGCAUGAGACACUUAAUGUGUUUAAUUAUAGUCCCUCAGCUCGAAUGCAUAUUGUUGGCUAUUUAGCUGGUUUGUUCUUUUACACAAUGGCACCAUUGUCACUUGGUAGCUCCUGUGCUCCAGAGGCACUGAGUUAUGCAGGUGAUCAAAUAGCUGAAUUUAUAGUCAAAGGUCGGGCUCGAAUGCCAGAUCUUGAGGUUGAUUUGUGGAAAUUAUUGAUGCCUUUUAUUAAAUUGGGAUGGUGCCAGUGGAUUGGUGCAGCUAUUUUUAUUUGGGGUUGGCUACAUCAGCUUCGUUGUCAUGCAAUUCUUGGUUCUUUGCGUGAGAACAAAGGAGCUGAUGAAUAUGUAAUCCCUCAUGGCGACUGGUUUGAAUAUGUUUCAUGCCCCCAUUAUCUUGCUGAGAUAGUCAUAUAUGCCGGCAUUUUGGUUGCUGCUGGAGGAUUGAACAUUACAGUGUGGCUGCUUUUCUUGUUUGUGGUAUCCAAUCUUGUCUUUGCCGCAGCAGAAACUCAUAGAUGGUACCGUCAUAAGUUUGAGAGCUACCCUCAGUCCAGGCAUGCUAUAAUACCAUUUAUAUAUUAGCAGUGGUGGUUUAAAAAAUCUAAACUAUUGGGCUAGAAGCAAAGGUCACCUGGCGGACAAACUGAAUACUUCUUUUAAUGUCUUCGAACAUUGUCUGGCCAAGUUUCAAACACAUGAAUAUUCAUAUUUCAGAGAUGAAUCAGUACAUUGAUACCGUUGCUGUAAAACAAAAGGAAUGUAAAAACAAAAGCAUCGUGCUAUAAAUUUUACUCUCGCAUGUGUUGCAAUCAACAAGAUGAUAAUGACUGCCAUUUUUCAACUUCCAAAUGAAAAAAAA